AUGGGUGACUACUCGAAAGCACUUGAAUUUUACGAAAAAGCACAUCAAAUCUACGAAAAUGCUCUGCCUUCGAAUCAUCCCUCAUUGGCUAUUUCCUACGCCAACAUCGGUCAAGUGUAUAACAAUAUGGGUGACUACUCGAAAGCACUUGAAUUUUACGAAAAAGAUCUGGAAAUCACGAAAAAAACUUUGCCUCCGAAUCAUCACGAUUUGGCUAGCUCCUACAACAACAUCGGUCAAGUGUAUAACAACAUGGUUGACUACUCGAAAGCACUAGAAUUUUACGAAAAAGCACAUAAAAUAAAAGAAAAAGCUCUGCCUUCGAAUCAUCCCUCAUUGGCUAUUUCCUACGGCAACAUCGGUCAAGUGUAUAAGAACAUGGGUGACUACUCGAAAGCACUUGAAUUUUACGAAAAAUCACAUAAAAUCUACGAAAAAGCUCUGCCUCCGAAUCAUCUCUCAUUGGCUAUUUCCUACGGCAACAUCGGUCAAGUGUAUAAUAACAUGGGUGACUACUCGAAAGCACUUGAAUUUUACGAAAAAUCACAUAAAAUAAAAGAAAAAGCUCUGCCUCCGAGUCAUCCCUCAUUGGCUAUUUCCUACAACAACAUCGGUGGAGUGUAUAACAACAUGGGUGACUACCCGAAAGCACUUGAAUUUUACGAAAAAGAUCUCGAAAUCACGAAAAAAGCUCUACCUCCGAAUCAUCCCUCAUUGGCUACUUCCUACAACAACAUCGGUCAAGUGUAUAACAACAUG